UUAGAUGCUCAUAGGUUAUAGAUAUUUAAAGUGGAGUUAAAAGAAUAUAUUAAGACUGCACGAGAUUUAUCUGCAGUUUCUCUUAUUAUUUUUCUUCUUUUUUAAUAUUAAAAUGAAUAUUUAUACUGUUUUAUGUAUACAAUAUUUAAUAUAAAAUGCAUAACUAAAAGUUUGCUAUGAUAUAUAAAAAUGUCACUUGUUGCUGGUCAACACAAAUCAGCAAAAUUUUCAAUGGAAAGCUGGGCAGGUUUUUGUACUAGAUCUCUUAUUGACAAUAUUGUUUUCUAUUUUACUGACUUUCCAUUUUACAAUACACACAAAAAUUCUUCGAUAAUUAAAGUAAAUAAUGAAAAUUUGUCGACAAAUGGGGAGCUCUAUUUUUUGUGCAGCUUCAAAGCAUGGAAAAGUUUAUUGGUUUGCUCCAAGGAUUGCACGAGUAUUUUGCAGCAUUACACACAUGUACAUGGUACAACAAAAUACAAUACAGAUGUUGAUGUAGCUAAAGAGGUCUUUGAACAAUUAAUAUUAAAAAGUAGCAGCUGGCCAAUAAGAAUACAACAAUGUAUAUUGCAAAAAGAAAAGGUUUGUUUGUUUCUAAAUCGAGGAGAUAUUAUUACAAACAGUAUAAGGAUGGCUGUUGAAUGUGGAAUGAUGUUUGGAAGUACUCCAUCAACUGGUAAAGCAUUCAGUUUGAAGUACCAACCUGAUAUACAGUCAGAUCUUACCACUCAGCGAUUGCAUCUAAUGAGAAAUAUUGCUGCAAAGGUAUUGAGUUUGCAUGGAUAUGUGAUAUCCAAUGAGAAAAACUGCAUUGGUAAGUAUCUGUUCACCAGCAAAUCAGAAGGAUCAGUUGACGAAGGAUAUGAGAAAUAUGUGUGCGGUGUUGUAAAGAAUUCCCAAUCAAAAUCAAAGGAAAUAUGUCUUACAUGGGAUCAACAUGUAAAAUGCAAAAUAGACCAGUUGGCAGAAUUGAAUGAACAUAAAUUUAUUGAAGAUGAAGAGAAUAAUGCAAAGAAAGAUCUCUUUCUGGAAAAUUUGGCCAAUGCUAUUGUUAUUUUUGAGUUAAUGGCUGUGAAACCGAGUCGAUCAGUUAUUAUUGGCAAUAGUGACUCCAAAGAAGAUAAAAGCAUUACGAAUACAAAAGGUGCAUCAUUUGUAUUGUACAAUGUUGCUAGGAUAGCAACGAUUAUAAGAAAGUAUAAUGAGAGAGUAUUGUGUGGAGAUUAUCCUAGUUUACCAAAUAUUGGAAAUGUAGAUUUUUCAGAAUUGUAUGAAGAAGAAGAAUGGGAGCUUGUAUAUAAUUUUAUAUUUGGAUAUUUGCAAAUGAUAAAUGAUUGCUUAAAAUGUGAACCAAAUUUUCAUAUUUAUCCACAGGUAUUAUGCCUGUUUUUAUCACGAUUAUGUCAAAAAUUCAGUGCUUAUUAUAGAAGGAUCAAAAUUCUAACGGAAGGAAGUGAUCAUUUGAUCUCCAAGAUGGUUGCCAGAUUGUAUAUGUUGCAUGCAUUACAAGUUGUUUUUGAGAAUGCAUUGGACAUUUUGGGCAUUAAAUCAGUAUCUCAAAUGUGAAAUAAUUUUAUAAUAAAGAAAAUUUAAUUACUCAA